AAAAAUUUGUCUUUUUUUUCGUGCAAUUGUAAACCGAGCUCAGCUGAACUGAAAGUAAAGGCAAUCCAAAAUUCCAAAGAACCUAAACCCUAGCUUUGUCUCUCAGCCACACUUGUUAAGCUUUCUCUCUACUCUCCACCAAUGGCGAGGAAACGAAAGCUCGAUUCCCAAACCCAAUCCGGCGAACCAACAAUCGAACCUCCACAGAAACAACAACAACAACAACAACAGCAGCAGCAGCAACAGCAACAACAAGAAAACAUCGAAUACGAAGAAGUCGAAGAAGAAGUUGAAGAAGAAGUAGAAGAAGAAGUGGAAGAAGACGAAGACGAAGACGAUGACGAUGAAGAUGACGAAGAACAACAACAACAAAAUGCGGCCAAUCAGACAGUUAAUUCCACCUCCACCUCAGCCGGCGCCGAUGGCGACGACGACGACGAUGAGCCGAUACAGAACCUUCUGGAACCUUUCAGUAAGGACCAGAUUAUAAACCUACUCCGCGAAGCAGCGGAUAAGCACCGUGAUGUGGCGGAUCGGAUCCGAAAGGUGGCGGAUGAGGACCCGGCCCACCGCAAGAUCUUCGUCCACGGUCUCGGCUGGGACACCACCGCCGAAACCCUAACCACCGUGUUCAAGCAGUUCGGCGAGAUCGAAGAUUGCAAGGCGGUUUGCGAUAAGAUCUCAGGUAAAUCCAAGGGUUACGGCUUCAUCCUCUUCAAGAGCCGCCGUGGCGCCCGGAAUGCUCUUAAGCAGCCUCAGAAAAAGAUCGGAAAUCGGAUGACGGCGUGCCAGCUGGCGACGAUUGGGCCUGUUCCGAUGGGUAAUUCUGCGGUGGCGGCAGCUACGUCUUCGGUGGCGGCCCCCGCGGCGCCGUUAUCGGAGUAUACGCAGAAGAAGAUAUACGUUAGUAAUGUUGGGGCGGAGCUGGAUCCAAGGAAAUUGCUUGCUUUCUUUGCUAGGUAUGGAGAAAUCGAAGAAGGACCAUUGGGACUUGAUAAGGUUACUGGGAAGCCAAAAGGGUUUUGUUUAUUUGUUUAUAAGACAGUUGAGAGUGCUAAGAAGGCUCUAGAAGAGCCUCACAAGAAUUUUGAGGGCCAUAUAUUGCAUUGCCAGAGGGCUAUUGAUGGUCCCAAGCCAAACAAGUCUCAGCAGCAUCAACAUCAGCAGCAGCAACAGCACCAGCAUCACCAGAACCCGAACCCACAUACUGUGCCAUUCCAGAGGAAUGAUAAUCCUGGAUAUGUUGCUGGAGCGCCUGGUACUGGAACAGGUCAUUUGAUGGCUCCUGCUGCAGCCGGUGCGGGAAUGGGGUAUAAUCAGGGAGCUGCAGCAGCUCAGGCUUUGAAUCCUGCACUUGGACAGGCCAUAACGGCGUUGCUGGCUAGUCAGGGUGCUGGAUUGGGGUUGACUAAUUUGUUGGGGACGCUUGGUUCGGCUGCGGCUGCUGUGAACCCGGGUGUGCCUGCUGGAGCAGGGCAUGGGAUGCAGGGUGCUUAUCCGAGCCAGACAAAUAUUAGUCCCGGAGUGAUGGGAGGGUAUGGAAAUCAAGGAGGAUUGCAGAGUGGUUACCCGAGUCAGCAGAUGGGUCAAGGCGGUUCUGGAAGAGGCCAGCAUGGAGCUGGGCAGUAUGGUAACAUGGCUCCUUACAUGGGGCACUAGAUUGUCCCUCAGGUAUUGCAGAUCCUACUUAGGUGCAUCAGUCUUUUAGUACUGGCCUGGUGAUUCUUCUGAAGUUUAAGGAGCUGAUGCAAAUGGCGUCUUUAUAUUAUAUGAUGAAAUGUUACUGUUUGGAAACUACAAGACCAGAAUCUUAAAAUUGUCAUUUGGAGUUUUGGUUUUCCCUACUUGUUUUAAUCCCCGUUUCUCUUUGCUUUCCUUUCAAAAUAUUGUAGUAUUUUGACUUCCCCAUAUAUCGUUUAAACGCCUUGGAACUGUUUUAUUAUUUUCAAGUUAACAUCUAUUGUACUUCAUGGUUUGGGAGUUUUAAACAAACGUGCCUUUUGAAAUUUCUGUGUUAUUUAUCAAAUAAUGGUUGUAUUCUAUGA